AUGGCAGAUUUGAAAGUGAUUUCGUCGAGCAUUGUUCAACCCACUAACAUCGAUCAAUCAGGUCGGGCAAAGAUCCAUCUCACUCCAUCUGAUCUUAGCCUUCUUUACCUCGAUUACCCUCAAAGAGGUCUUCUCUUCCCCAACCCCGACCCGAAGACCCAUUUCAUCUCUCGGUUAAAGACCUCUCUUUCAACAGCUCUAGAGAUCUACUUUCCUUUAGCCGGUCGUCUUGUCAAAGUGAACAAUCAUGAAGACAACACGGUGUCGUUUUACAUCGAGUGCAAGGAUGGCUUAGGUGCCAAAUUUGUCCAUGCCAGGGCCGAAUCUGUCUCGGUAAGCGAUCUUCUUCAACCUAAUGGCUCUGUUCCAGAAUUUUUCAGGUGUUUCUUCCCCGUGAACGACGUCAAGAGCAUAAACGGUCUCUCGGACCCCUUACUUGCUAUACAAGUCACCGAGAUGAAAGACCGAGUCUUCAUUAGUUUCGUUUACAAUCACAUGGUGGCAGAUGGUGUUUCCAUAUGGAAUUUCUUCCACACUUGGUCGAAGAUUUGCUCUAAUGGUUCUUGUUCGGAUCAUAAGCCUCUAGUUCUCAAAGGAUGGUUCCUCGACGGGAUUGACUACCCGAUUCAUAUUCCGGUAUCAGAGACAGAGAGGUCACCACCACCUAUCCGUGAAAUUUCUUCUGUGCCCUUUACGAAAGAGAGAGUUUUUCACUUCACAAAGAAGCAUAUUUCAGCUCUCAAAGCUAAAGCUAACUACGAGAUUAGUUCAAGUGACCAAAAUAUCUCAACUUUUCAAGCGGUUUUGGGACAUCUAUGGCGAUCAAUCGCCAAGCACAGUCGUCUAGACCGAGAAGAAGAGAUCCAGUGCAGAGUAACAGCAGACUUUAGGCAGAGGCUAAACCCUCGGCUUGAGGAAGGGUGUUUCGGGAAUGUGGUCCACCUCGGCAUAGCCACAGCCACUGUCGGAGACCUGCUGGAUCGUGGCGUGGGAUGGGCUGCUUUGCAAAUAAGUAAAAAUCCCAAAAUUUGGCUUUGGAAAUAG